AUGGCAGGCAUAGGCAUGGCCAGCGACGGCGAUGACCGGAAGAAGGUGGUCGCCGACGACAUCGACGACGAGGACGAGCUGUUCGAGCUCGACAUCGACCUCCUCGAUGGUCACCGCGGCCAUUACUAUUCUGCUGCCGUCGCCGACGACGGGCAGCAGCAGCAGCAUGCUCUGCUGGCCAACUGCCUGCUGCCAGCACGGUCGGUGAGCAACGCGGUGCCGGUCGACGCGAGCAGCGCGCUGUCGUCGUCGUACCCCUACUCCGGCUACUACUACAGCUCCAGGAGGCUCGUCUUGGGUGGCGGCGUCGGCAGGAGGUUUCUUCUUGGACGGCCAGGGAACUCGGCCAGGUUUUGCUUCUCGAGGAGAGGCUUCGAUGCCUACUUCCAGAGGUACUGA